AUGAUCUCUUUAAACACAGCAAGCGUGCCGUUCGAUAAAUUGAAAUACUUUCUUAAGAACGGUCUGGAAGAGAGACUUCCCUCAAAAGCAGACAUCCAUGUUCUAAACGGAUGGAGGCCGUCGACGUUAAUGAGUUACAAUAGCGCCGUAGCCAAAUUUAACCGCUUCCUAAUUAGCGAGGGAAUCGUUUCUUUAGUCCUACCCGUCACCGCGUCGUUGCUAGAAGAAUUUUGUAUCUGGGCAGGCAGAAACGACGUAUCAUCAAACGAUGGAAAAAUUUCCGCAACCUCUUUAAGAAAAUACCUGGCAGGCAUCAAGGCUUGGCACAUAUAUCAUAGCGCUACCUUCCCAGACGACAACAAUCCGAGGUUGGCACUGUUACUCAAGGCAUCCGCAAAGAAAGACGAAUCAUCUGUAACAGCAAAAAUGAAAUUGCCAGUUAUGUUGUGGCAUAUGGCUCACUUGUGGAAGUCGUUAGUACUGGGCGACGAACUCGACCGGGCCGUAUUGGAUGUGUCGAUCGUGGCGUUCUGGGGUUUGGCGAGGCUCGCGGAGUUAACCUACAUCAAAGACGGUAAUUCGAUCAACUUCGGAACUUCAGUCCUAACGACGGAUCGAAACCCGGGUCACCUCAGAUUAUCACGUUGUGUGAACAACACCACGAGUUGUGCCCUGUUCUAG